UUCUUUACAACCACCCAGAUACGCCCGGAAUCUGGAAUAUUUUCUACUCUAUCCGACACAGACUCCCUUAAUACCGUCUUCAUCGACUGGGUGUAAGAUGGCUUCACAAGAACAGAGGCUCUUUCAACGGUCUCUUCCUCAACAUGCAGAACAGUUAUUAUUCUCGGCACUAUAAAGCAGCCAUCGCAUUCUUCCGGCAGAUGUUAGGACAGAGACCCAAAGACAGCACCGUUUACUUCCACCUGUCCCUCUUCUACCUGCACUACGCGUGCAGCAAGGGACUUGAGUUCGUCUCACGUCGUCAUGAGAUGGCGGUGCAGGCCAUUGCGUGUGUUCUUAUGUACCAUCAACUGAGGGGGCCUUGUCAGGAAACUUACUAUAAUAUUGGUCGUUGUUACCACCACUUGGGCUUAUUCCACUUCGCGAUACUCUACUACAAAAGAGUCAUCGCCACCCCACCGUCAUCCCCCAAAGAAGUACAGCUACAGAUUGACAAGAUGAACAGGAUCAUCGCCAGGAACAGAGACAAAUCCAGGGAUAUUAAGUCGGGUCAGACUACACCUCGUAACAAUGAGAAUUCUCCUGAAAAUGACAUCAGCCGUGAAAACAGUCCCACUAAUAAGAAAGGUGGUCUUGCUAAGGAAGGGAUAAACCAUCCCGACUUCCCGAGGGGAUAAACCCUUCCGAGGGGAUAAACCCUCCCGAGGGGAUAAACCCUCCCGAGGAAGGUAUUGAGAAAAUGUUAGAAACUGGAGAUCAUGUUGAAUUAAAGGAUAUCGAUCUGACAAGGGAGGCAGUUUUUAAUAUGUGUCAGAUUUAUGAGGCUUGUGGAAGUGAACACUUAUAUAGCAAGACAGUUGUUGUACCAAUAUUCUGUAGUCUGACAAAAUUUUCACUGCGAUGUUAUUACGUUCUUUACACGUUUCAAUUUCUUGAUCUUUAUUUUUA